AGUGGACGUGUCGGUUCAUGUCUAUGAAUAUGAAAAGGAUUGUGUGCUACUAUCUUGCAAUUUCAAUGAUUCCACUAAAAGAGUGUGCAUAUUUAGACGGAGAUUGUAUGGAAUUACAGCUACUGGUGGAAGAAACCCACUGCGGUUACAAUAAUAUGACAUCACUAACCAUGUACACAAUUAAUAAUGAAUCUCUAGUAACUUCUCUCAAUGACGGCUGCGCUGUAGGUUUUGAUGCACCACUUUAUUUAAAUAACACAUUUUACCUCGAAUGUGAUACUGAAACAAGUUGCUUUGAUGGAUCAAAAGCAAUUAGUAGAGAGACUUAUUACCUCGAGUGUGAAGAAAUGGAAAUAAUUAAUAAACGAACAAUUAAUCCAAAGGAGCAUAAUGAAAGUACGACAGAGUCGUAUUUACUGAGAAAUCAAACUACAACAGAACUCUAUGAUAAAUCAACAGCUGUGAAAGGAAAUUUGUCAGAAGUUUAUAUAUUUACAAAUGAAAGUAAUACAGAUCUUGUAAAUUCAACAAAAGCUGAUGUGUUUACAUUCGAAUCUUCCACAGCAGCAGUUGAAAGCAUAUCGAAAAAUUACAUUUCGAUUUCGUCAGAAGGUUAUAGGAUUACAACGGAAUCUACCCGAUCUAUUGAUGGCAUAUUUAUAAAUGAUGUCGCAAAUUUGUCAAAGACUAAUGUGAUUACAACUGAAUCUAGCACAGCAGUUUAUGGUAUAUUGAUUCAUCAUGUAGCUAAUUCGUCAGAGGUUCAUGUGUUUACAACUAAAACUACCACAGACCUUUAUGAUAAACUCAAAGAUAAUCAUAAUUCAAUAAAAGCUGAUAUUGACAAUAAAACUACGACUGAGCAUCAUGAUGUUUUGAAGGAUAUUAAUGCGACUUCAACAAAAAUAGAUGAAUUAAAUAAUAAAACUGAUGUUCAUUCAGUAAAGGCAGCUAAGGAGAAUUCUUCUGAUUCUAGUAAUGUCUUGGCUAUCUUGGGAUAUUCUUUAGCAAGUGUCGGAGCAACACUGGCCCUAGCUUUUGGAGCAUAUAGAUUGAAAAAUGCUUUACAAUCAGGAAGCUACUUAAUCCCUGAAACACCAAGACCACCGGCUUUUACAGAACUAGCAUGAAUCAAUUGAUUUAUGGUCACUGAAACAUUCAGUCUUCUCUUCUGUAUUGGAUUUAUCCUCAUCUCCAGAAUUAGAUGUACCAAAUCUACAAUUAGAAGUAAGUA